ACAUCAGCCUCUGAGCCGAGAAUGGUAACUUGUGUCGGAACAGAAGCCCUCACAUGAGUGGCAUGCUUCAUGGAGUUAUGUACCUUGUUUUGCCCCCUCAACUGCUAUCAUGGAUUGCAAAACCUUAACACUUUUCAAUUUCCUCUCCACGUUUAUUUCCAUCGCAGAAUUCAUUAUUCAUCCAUCCAAUGAAGUUAACCUGUUGGACUCCAAAGCAAGCCAAGGGGAGCUGGGCUGGAUAUCAUCCCCAUCCCAUGGGUGGGAGGAAAUUAGCGGCGUGGAUGAGCACUACACUCCCAUCCGGACCUUCCAGGUGUGCAACGUGAUGGAGUACAGCCAGAACAACUGGUUGAGGACCAACUGGAUUCCUCGCAAUUCUGCACAGAAGAUCUAUGUGGAGCUCAAGUUUACCCUGAGAGACUGCAACAGUAUUCCCAUGGUCCUCACCUGCAAAGAGACGUUCAACUUACACUACCUGGAGACUGACGAAGACCAGGGAAGUAUGUUUCGCGAGCACCAGUUCUCCAAAAUAGACACCAUCGCCGCCGAUGAGAGUUUUACUCAGAUGGACCUGGGCGACCGUAUCUUGAAGUUAAACACAGAGGUCCGUGAAGUGGGGCCUAUGACUAAGAAGGGCUUUCACCUGGCUUUCCAGGAUGUGGGAGCCUGCGUGGCCCUAGUUUCAGUGCGGGUGUACUUUAAAAAAUGUCCUUUCACAGUGAGGAACCUGGCUAUGUUUCCCGACACUGUACCCACGGACUCUCAGUCACUCGUGGAGGUUAGGGGCUCCUGCGUCAACCAUUCCAGAGAGGAGGAUCCACCAAAAAUGUACUGCAGUACCGAGGGAGAGUGGCUGGUGCCUAUUGGGAAAUGCCUGUGCAACAUAGGAUACGAGGAACGGGGAUUCGCUUGCCAAGCCUGCCGGCCCGGCUUCUAUAAGGCUUCUUCUGGGAACGUCGAGUGCUCCAAGUGUCCUCCACACAGCUACACACACCUGGAGGGAGCCGUGCACUGCGACUGCGAGAAAAACUACUUCCGUGCAGAAGAGGACCCCGUCUCCAUGGCCUGCUCUCGACCCCCGUCUGCUCCACGCAAUGUGAUCUCUGCCAUUAAUGAGACGUCAGUGAUUCUUGACUGGAGCUGGCCGGCUGACAGCGGAGGCAGGAAGGACGUGACUUUUAACGUGGUCUGUAAGCGAUGUUGGCCGGGUCCCAGGCAGUGUGAACCUUGCCUAGGGGCCGUGCGCUUCCUGCCCCGUGCCACCGGCCUCACUAACACGACAGUAACCGUAGUGGACCUCCUGGCACACACAAACUACACCUUUGAGAUUGAGGCCCAAAACAGAGUGUCCUCCCAGGCCCCCACGGUCCGCCAGUACGCUGCGGUCACCAUCACUACCAACCAAGCAGCUCCAUCUGCAGUGACCGUCAUCAGGAAGGACCGAACAUCCAGAAACAGCAUCUCACUGUCAUGGAUGGAGCCAGAGAGACCCAAUGGGAUCAUUUUGGACUACGAGGUCAAAUACUAUGAGAAGCAGGAACAAGAGACCAGCUACACCAUCCUGAGGUCAAAGGGCACAAACGUUACCCUGAAUGGGCUAAAACCCGACACCACCUACCUGCUGCAGAUCAGAGCGCGAACCGCAGCUGGAUACGGCAGUAGCAGUCGCAAGUUUGACUUUGAGACCAGUCCAGACUCCUUUUCCAUCUCCAGUGAGAACAGUCAGGUGGUUCUGAUCGCGGUCUCCUCCGCCGUGGCCAUCAUCCUCCUCACUGUAGUGCUCUACAUUGUGAUUAGCAGGUUUUGUAGAUACAGCAAGUCCAAACAUCCAGAUGAGAAGAGGCUGCCCUUUGGCAACGGCCACUUAAGACUGCCUGGCAUCAAGACCUACGUGGACCCACACACUUACGAAGACCCGAGUCAGGCCGUGCACGAAUUCGCUAAGGAACUGGAAGCGUCCUGUAUCGCCAUCGACAAAGUGGUUGGGGCAGGGGAGUUUGGAGAGGUGUGCAGCGGCCGAUUGAAGCUGCCGUCUAAGAAGGAGAUCUGUGUGGCCAUCAAGACGCUCAAAGCUGGAUACACAGAGAAACAAAGGCGGGACUUCCUCAGUGAAGCGAGCAUCAUGGGACAGUUCGACCACCCCAACAUCAUCAGGCUGGAGGGUGUUGUCACACGCAGUAAACCUGUGAUGAUAGUGACCGAGUACAUGGAGAACGGCUCUUUGGACGGCUUCCUGCGAAAACACGACGCCCAGUUCACAGUGAUUCAGCUGGUGGGCAUGCUACGUGGCAUCGCAUCUGGUAUGAAGUAUCUGUCAGAUAUGGGUUACGUGCACAGAGAUUUGGCCGCUCGGAACAUCCUGGUCAACAGCAACCUGGUGUGCAAAGUGUCAGACUUCGGCUUGUCCAGAGUGCUGGAGGACGACCCGGAAGCUGCCUACACCACAAGAGGUGGCAAGAUUCCGAUCCGAUGGACCGCGCCAGAGGCCAUCGCCUAUCGCAAGUUCACCUCUGCCAGUGACGUAUGGAGCUAUGGGAUUGUGUUAUGGGAGGUCAUGUCUUAUGGAGAAAGACCUUAUUGGGAGAUGUCCAAUCAGGAUGUAAUAAAAGCGGUGGAUGAGGGCUAUCGUCUUCCCCCACCCAUGGAAUGCCCUGCCACACUUUACCAGCUAAUGCUAGACUGCUGGCAGAAGGACCGAAACAACCGGCCAAAAUUUGAGCAGAUUGUCAGCAUCCUGGACAAGCUCAUACGCAACCCCAGCAGUCUCAAAAUCACAGCCAGCACUGCUUCCAGGUACGUCACCCAGGAGGACUGGCUCUGGACCGAGCCCUAGAUACUUGUUAUGAUCCCAAAUUGCCUUCUGCUCUUACUCUGUUUCAUGUCACAUUCAGAUC